UUAUUAAACUCAAAUUCAGUAGGAAAAGAUCACUUAGAUUUUUUUGGGAUUUGAGGAUAUGAGCUAAAUCCAAAAAAGAGUCUAACCAUGGCAGCAACAGCUCUUCUCUCAUCUCCUCCAUUGCCUUCUUCAUCUAAUCAUUCUAUCCUUUCAACUCCCUUAAAAAAGCAGAGCAAGAUUCUGUGGAACCAAAAAAAAUGUGGGAAAUUCAGGGUAUGUUCAGAGUUUUGCAAAGAACCCACUUCCCAAUAUGGGGUUUCCAGAAGAGACUUGACCUUCAUUGCUCUUUCCUCUUCACUGUCUCUAAUUUUCCCAUUUUCAGGUUUUACUGCUGAAGAAGAGUUGAAAAUGGGUUCGUCUGUUGAUGACAUAAAUGCCUAUUCCUACUUGUAUCCUAUUGAAAUACCAUCUAAGAAGUUCGCCUUCAAAUGGGUGGAAACCAGAAAAUCGGAGCGGUAUUCAUCGGCUGCGCCACUAUCACCUGAUGCACGCCUUCGCAUUGUGUCUGAACGAGUUGACAUCAUUGAUAAUCUCAUCAUUUCUGUUUCGAUAGGUCCUCCCAACUCACAGUUCUUGAAAUCAAAGGAGAAAAGUACAUGGAGUGCAAAGGAUGUUGCUGAUUCUGUUUUGUCUGAUAAAUCUGCUUUGCGUGUAACCUCAACACAGCGAUUGGCAGAAAGUUCACUUCUUGAUGCACAUGCUUCUGAAAUUGAUGGUGAGUCCUAUUGGUACUAUGAAUACCUUGUUCGGAAAUCACCAACGAAAGCAGCAGCUCUAGAACCGAAUCUUUUCCGCCACUAUGUUGCUUCAACAGCUGAACGAGAUGGUUAUUUGUAUACUCUUAGUGCUUCCACUCUUGGCAAGCAAUGGGAAAAAAUGGGACCCUCCUUGGAAAAGACCGUGGCAUCUUUCCGACUUCUUCCUCCUACAGAAAGCUAUGUCCCUCCGUACAAGGAUCCGUGGAGGUUUUGGUGAUUGCAUUUCAAGGUGUGGUUUAGGAUUAACAUUUUGUCUCCAGAUAGCAAGGAGUCAGAGAUCCAAGUAUGGUUAGCAAAUGAGCAACAACAUUGCAAUUCUUUUUUAUUUGAUAAGGAAAAAUUAGUAUCAAGCUGAGUUCGAACUUGCAACCAGACGUGUGCUAAGCAAUAUUGACAUGAUCUUUGUGUCAAAUGCCAAUGCAGCUGCUAUACGUUUGUGAGACAACAUUGUAAUUUUUGGUCCAGUGAUUACUACAAGUUCUUUUAGGGUCUCUUUGCUUGACAAUAGAUCAUCUCCAGGCUUGAAUUUUCUGCAGAAUGCAGCAGCAGUUUGGAUGGGAAAACCUGUUCUAUGUAAUCGUUAUGUUUCUCUUAUAUGAACAGUAUUUUUUGAAAAAAAUGAACUCUUGUGUGCUUGAAUGCAAUUUUCUUCAGUCUG